CUUUUCCACAACCUGCGCCACACCUACCGCCAUGGGCAACUCGAACAGUCGAAAGCAGAACAGCCACCUCAUUCGACUGGUUGCCAAAAAUGAAGUCGACCUGUACUUGGACGAUUUGGCCGAGUACUCGUUUGGGAUCGCCGAUGGCUUUGAGGUCCAGCACUACAUGCCGCCGCAAUUUCCCCUCCUGCCCCUCAUCACGAAACCGCGGCUGCAGUUGUGCUUGAAGACAUGGGAAGUCGUGCAAUCCGCGAGCACGGACAAGAUGAAGCAGUAUGGCAAGCCAGGCAUCAUCCUUUUCUACGACGAGUUCUUUUACCGGCUUAUCGAGCGAGACGCUACGUUCAGCCAGGUGUUUGUGAACGUGAAGGAGCGCGGCGAAGUGCUCAUCAAGGCCCUAUCGUUCAUCCUGAGCAUGCGCGCGGACGAUCCCGCCGACGUGACCAACAUGCAGAACCGGUGCCGGUUCCUCGGCCACAAGCAUCGGACAUACGCUCGAGUCCGACCGCACCAUUUCGCGGCGUACACCAUGACAUGCAUCGAGGUGAUCAUGUAUUGGUUGGGGGACGACGCGUCGCCCCUGGUGGGCGAUGCCUGGAGCAACGUCGUGGGGUUUGUGUUGAGGUAUCUGUUGGAGCCGUACUUGUAUGGCCGGACGGACCCGUAUGAACUGUAUCAAAACACGACAAUUGCUGCGGUGCGGGAAAUUCAGGAAAGCUCGGCGCAAGCCAUGUCCUCGCAACAAAUGCAACCGAGUUCUAGCUCGCGGUCAAUCAGCUCCGACCGCGGAGGAGUAGGGGGGCCCCACAGAGUGGAACGCCGAAUCAGCGGCAACCCCAACAACACCAAUUUGACCAAGACGUAGCGGCCUCUUUUGCAUUGAAAUAAAUAACAUAUUUCCUACGUAAUCUGGGAAUAAUACACGAGGGAAAUAAACACCACUGGUGGAGGUA